CCCGGAACCGAGGUGCAUGGACGCAGCGACGGCGACCACCCGCGCGGCCAGCGACGCCGACUCGCAGCCGACGACGGUCGGGUCGACCUUGGGGCUCAGCGAUGGACCUGCCUCGCCCACUGCACGCGAUCUACCUGCGACGCCCGAGGCCCGGCCAAGCGGGAGCUGCAUUGGGCCGCUCAAGGAGCUCUACCACCUCGUGCGAAGCGGGUCGGGCCAGCUUCUGCGGACGACGGUCGUGGCGACGGCAGCCGCGUCCGUCUUUUCGAUCGUGCUCUUCAUUUGCGCCAUUGCGUUCCGGGACAAGACCAACGACGGGCCGCUCCAGCUCCCGUCGGGCGUGCUGCUCGGGUCGAUUGGCACGCUCAUCAUGUCGCUCCUUGUGCUGCUCUCGUACCAUUACCUCCCGGCCUGCCGCAACCACUCCAACAUCCUCCUCCUCAACCGAAGCAUCUGCGACCUCCUUCUCGCUGUCUCGUUUUUGCUGGAACCGCUCUGGAACAUGGCAGGCGGGGGUAUCCAGCCCCACCUGUCGUGCCGAUGGCUCUCGGCGACGCGCGAGUACUUGAUCAUGGCGUCCAUGUGCUGGGAGCUCUGCAUGGCGCUCGAUCUCUUUGCCCUCCUCAACGACCCGUUCACGUCGCCGCGCAAGAACCGGCGCAAGUAUCAGCUCAUCGUCCAUGCGUCGGGUCUCGUUGCGGCUGCCAUCAUGCUCUCGGACGACCGCUUCUACGGCGUUUCGGUCGGCGACUUUUGCUGGGUCAAGUGCAGCCGCCUCGCCAGCAGUAGCUUUGUGGCGGUCGAUGCUGGCAUUUGGAUCUUCAUCGCGCUACCCGUGACCAUCUUUAUUGGCACCAACGUUUACGUCUGCACCAUCUCGAUGAAGCGGUUUCGCGGUGGCAUUGAGGCGACGUUGGACCACCGCCGGACGCUCCUCCGCGAAGGGUUUCUGACGACCGUCGCGUUCAUUUUGUACUGGAUGGUGCUCUGGGGUCUCUACGUGGCGUUUUGGCUCGCGACAAGCAACGGCGUGCUCAAGGAGCUCUUCGGCUUCCUCCUCUCGUUCCGGGGCAGCGUCGUCUUCUUCCUCUGGAUCCUCUACAGCACGAGCGACAAAAACAUCAAGCAGGUUCGAUCCCCUACCCAUUUUCUUUCGGUGGCGGAGAGGGAAGACGCGACGCGGGCGCAAACCAACUAUGCUCUCUUGAAGGAGCUCGUGUUUUACACCACGUGCGGCAUCACGAAAGCGGUCCAAGUCGCCAACAAGCGCCAGUCGCUCGAGCUCGGCGAAGCGUCCAUCUUCACCGUGCACCCGCCGCAGCACGAGCACACACUCUUUUCGUGCCAAGAGUGCAAGUUCACCGCCUUCAAACCCGACGUCUUUGGACGACUCCGCGAAUGCUUUGGCAUCGACGAGUGCCAAUUCAUCUCGUCGUUCGCGGACUGCAGCAUCCCCAAGGUUUCGGAAGGCUCGAGCGGCGCCUUCAUGUUCUUUACGACCAACGGCGCGUACAUUGUCAAGAGCCUCACCAAGCGCGAGAGCACCUUCUUGGAUGGCAUGACGGACGCGUACGCGGCCUACUCGAUGGAGCUCUACGGCCGGACAUCCUAUUUUGUGGUGAUGGAAAACCUCUUUGACAAGCAGCACGCGGUGCACCACCGGUAUGACAUCAAAGGCUCGUGGGUCGACCGGAACGCCGAGAAGGCGCGGUAUGGCGCCGAAGCCACGUGCCGGUACUGCAACAUGGCAUUUCGAAGCGGUGCACGCGAUACGUGUCCCAACCGUGCGGGCUUUCACUCGCCCAACGUUGUGCUCAAGGACAUGGACUUGACGACCAAGGUCCGCCUCGGGCACGGCCACGGCGCGGCCGUGCUUCAACAGCUCAAGCAAGAUAGCGACUUUCUCUGCGAGAAAGGCAUUAUGGACUACAGUCUCCUCCUCGGUGUCAUUGAAGUCCGCUUCCAAGUCAACGUUCAGAGCAUUUUGCGGGACGAAAUCGACACACUCCCCCUGCCGUCCCUCGACGUCCUCAGCGCCGUCUCGACGAUGCGCACGUCGCAGCGCGCAGUUGCCAAGCAGUCGAUCGCGUGUCUUCGGUCCGCCGAUGUCGUCGUCGGUCCUGGCUUUUACUACAUUGGCUUGAUCGACAUUCUUCAAACGUGGACGCUCGAGAAGCGGUUCGAGCGCUGGUUCAAGACGCUCAUUCUGCGCAAGGACCCAGAUGGCCUCUCAGCCCUGCCGCCAAAGGCCUACCGCGAUCGGUUCCACAAGCGCCUCGACGAGAUCUUUCACGUCAGCGGCGCCGACAGCCCGUCGCCGCUCGACGUGGCAAACAACGCGGACGCUCCGUUGCCAGCCAACGCCAAGAUCUUUCCGGUCGAGUCGGUUGUGGGUGAGCUCAAGCCAUCGUUUAGCUUCCGCAACAACGUGUGGCAGACGGGCGAAGACGACGCGAUUGGGCGCUCGGUCGUCAGAACCGACGUCGAUGGCGCCGAAGCUUCGGGCCGCGUCGACGUAUAA